UCUCUCUCUCUCUCUCUCUGAGUAUACUUUUGUUGCUUUCAUGUUUGCAACACUACAAUGGGGAAUUGCAUGAUGAGUGGAAAAAUUCUAGCACAACAUGAAAAAGAAGAGCCUCAAAAGACAGCAGAAGUGAUGGAACUGAAGGGAUCAGCGACUUCAUCGACCUUAUUAGGAUCAGCACCACCGAUUGAUGGCGGAAAGAAAAAGACAGUAAGGUUCAGACUACACGAAGGAGAUGCUGAUGAUCGAAAAAGUUACAGUAAUACCAAAGGUGGGGUUGUGAGGAUUAGACUUGUGGUGACACAAACUCAGUUGCGUCAUAUUUUGAACAAUGAGUCUAAGUAUACUUCCGUGGAGCAAUUGUUAGGUGCAAUAAAGUUAAGAAGCAGAAGAAUCUCUCAAGCUAGAAUAAAUGGUUGGAAACCAGUUUUAGACAGCAUCCCAGAGGACCAUUUAUGGUCAUGUUAA